UUCUAUCCGUAGAAACAGGAGACCAAAGAAAAACAGCGGAAAAAUUCCACUUUCUCUCUUUUAGGAAAAAAAAACGCGGAAAACAGCCGCCCACAGACCACUGAGUCAGCUCGUUUCCACGUUCUCUCAUGCCUAACACCAUGCUUUCCUUCAAACAUUUGCUGAGACCGGUGUUGGGUGGAGAAGAAAGAAGGUGUUUAUUAUUGCUGAGAACGAUGAUGAACGGUGGUAAUUUAGUGGAUAACGAUUCAGCUGUUGCUGGUGGUGUUGAGGAUAUGUAUGGUGAGGAUAUUGCCACCACGGGUCAGCCUGUUACCCCUUGGACCGUCUCUGUUGCUAGUGGAUAUACCUUAAUGCGAGACCCACGUCACAACAAAGGUCUUGCCUUCACCGAGAGAGAGAGAGAUGCUCACUACCUACGCGGUCUUCUUCCGCCAAUUGUUCUCAGUCAAGAGCUUCAAGAGAAGAGGAUAAUGCAUAUGCUUCGCCAAUAUAAAGUUCCUUUGCAACGAUACAUGGCUAUGAUGGAUCUUCAGGAGAGGAAUGAACGACUUUUCUACAAGCUUCUCAUCGAUAAUGUGGAGGAACUGCUCCCGGUUGUUUACACUCCAACGGUUGGUGAGGCUUGCCAAAAGUAUGGGAGCAUUUUCAGGCGCCCUCAGGGUCUUUACAUCAGUUUGAAAGAGAAGGGGAAGAUUCUUGAAGUAUUGAAAAACUGGCCCGAGAGAAGCGUCCAAGUUAUUGUUGUCACCGAUGGCGAGAGAAUUUUGGGACUUGGAGAUCUUGGUUGUCAGGGGAUGGGUAUACCUGUAGGAAAACUUUCUCUGUACACAGCUCUUGGAGGAGUCCGUCCUUCUGCGUGCUUGCCUAUUACUAUUGAUGUCGGGACAAACAACGAGAAGUUGUUAAACAACGAGUUUUACAUCGGCCUCAGGCAAAGGAGGGCCACUGGACAGGAAUAUGCUGAACUUCUCCAUGAGUUCAUGUCUGCAGUUAAGCAGAAUUAUGGGGAGAAAGUCCUAAUACAGUUUGAAGAUUUUGCAAACCACAAUGCAUUCGAGCUGUUGGCAAGAUAUAGAUCUAGUCAUCUCGUUUUCAACGACGACAUACAGGGUACCGCAUCUGUGGUGCUGGCUGGGCUUCUUGCAGCCCUGAAAUUACUCGGUGGAACCCUCGCUGACCAUAGGUUUUUGUUCCUUGGUGCCGGAGAGGCUGGAACCGGUAUAGCUGAGCUCAUUGCUCUUGAGAUGUCAAAGCAGACUGGAAAUCCAAUCGAAGAGAACCGCAAGAAGAUUUGGCUUGUAGACUCAAAGGGGUUGAUUGUCGACUCUCGUAAGCAUUCACUUCAACACUUCAAGAAACCUUGGGCUCAUGAGCAUGAACCUGUCAGCAAACUCGUAGAUGCUGUCAAGGCAAUCAAACCAACGGUCUUGAUCGGGACAUCUGGGGUCGGAAAACAAUUUACAAGGGAGGUUGUUGAGGCUAUGGCAUCCAUCAAUGAGAAACCUCUUAUUAUGGCUCUAUCGAACCCUACCUCGCAAGCUGAAUGUACAGCAGAAGAAGCAUAUACAUGGAGUGAGGGUCGUGCAAUCUUUGCCAGUGGAAGCCCAUUUGACCCCUUUGAAUACGAUGGCAAAGUCUUUGUUCCCGGCCAGGCAAACAAUGCUUACAUUUUCCCUGGUUUCGGUUUGGGAGUGAUAAUGUCUGGUGCAAUUCGUGUACAUGACGAUAUGCUUUUGACAGCCUCGGAAGCUUUGGCAGCACAAGUGACAGAGGAACACUUCAAAAAGGGACUAAUUUACCCACCAUUCUCCGAUAUCAGAAAGAUUUCAGCCAACAUUGCUGCUAAGGUUGCUGCCAAGGCAUAUGAACUCGGGCUGGCAUCUCACCUUCCUCAGCCCGAAGAUCUGGUUAAAUAUGCGGAGAGCUGCAUGUACAGCCCUGUCUAUAGAAGCUACCGUUGAUAGUCAAAUAUUUUUUGAUGUUGGUCUAAUAAACUCCUCUCCAGUUUCCCACACCUUAGCCUCUUCUCAAUCAGAUUUUUUGUUUAUUUUCUUUGUUGUUUAUCUGUCUGGUUUUUUCAUUUUUUUUCCUUGUAAUUUGGGGUUCAUUGCAUAGUUAUGGGUAGGAUCUAUUGAUUUUAUUUUAUUUUCCCUUUCCAUGGAAACUGUUGUGAGAUACUGUUAUCAAUAUAUGAAAUGAAGCACGGCAUUAUUCAGUCUUA